AAUCCUUCCCGAUAUAUAUGUAAUUUUAGCUGUCACAUUGCCCAUUUCUUGAUCUCCCAGAUAUACCUGUAUACCCAACGCCCCCACUAAUAGCAAUAUACCACAGCAGCGCGAACAUGCCAACUCAAACGCGUCCUGUUUCUCUCCACGAACGAUUCAGUCUCACGCGCCGCAACGCAGGCUACCCUCCUAUUCUUGCCAUCGCAGCAUCCUAUCCAUCCGACGCGGCGCCUUCCAGGACUUUUCUAGAGCAGCGUAUUGCCGAGCUGCAAGAGCACUUCCCUCUGCUCUACGUUCGCAUUGAGGGUCACCGUACAACGAAUCCCGUUGAAGUGCUUAGGGAAAAACCUUGGCCUGCAGAGGAUAUCCUUGAUGAAGCAGAAUACCAGCCCGAAGAUGAUGAUUCAGUGGAGAUCGGAAAUAUCCUUCAGAAGAAUGGGCAGAAAAAGUCAACAGACGACCUGAAUAGUCGUCCAUUGUGGCAAGUGACAAUCGAUACUAGCCUUAAGAAAAGUACGACGUACAUCACACUCGUCGCGGACCAUCUUAUAGUCGACGGUAAAGGGCUCAGCAUCUUCUUUGAUGCUCUUCUCGCAAAGGAUGUUUCCCAACUCCCUUACGAAAAACUCGAGACCAUCCCUCGCCUGGAAGAUACAAUGAAUAUCAAGCCAUCUCUCUCCUUUUUGCUUCCAAUGGUCUGGCAACAUCUUAUUCUUCCUCGUCUGCCUUUUUUUAUCCAAAGGUUCUUUUCGACCGGCGCAACUUGGCCGGCUACACAUGUGCGCGAAUCCCCUUUCAACUGUUCACCCGGUUACUCUCUUCUCUCCAUCCCUGCCGAUCAAAUGGCCUCUUUGAAACAAGUCGCCAGAGCGCAUAACAUCCUCGCUCUGCACGCAGUCCUCAAGUCUAUUUACGCGCUUGCCAUCUGGUCUAAAUUCCGGCACACCCUUUCUCCUUUUAGACUUACCGCCAGCACUCCUCGAUCCGAGCGUGAUUACAAACUCGGACAUGCAUAUUGCAUGGGCAAUUAUGUCAGCUCAUACCAAUUUGACAUUCAAUUCACCCCCGGCGAAAGCUUUUGGGUGGUAGCGAAGAAUGUUUUUAAUUACCUCAUGGAUCCAGAAAGUAUCGAGAGUGCUCGAAUGCGUAUGGGUAUCCUCGAGCAAGUCCCUGACGGAGUGUACGAUCCCCCUCACGCUGAUCCGCACCGACCGACCAAGUGGGAGGACUUUUUCCUCAACGAAGCUGCAUCCGAGAAACCGUUUGGUGAAGCUCUCAGCUUUUCAAACUUGGGCCAUGUCAAGUUACCGGAAAACGCAAAAGACGUGGCGUGGGUCCAGAUUGGCGGUUCAUUGGCCACGGCCGGAUUUUCGACGGCCGUUUUGGGUCACGAGAAGGGGUUGAGGUUGAAUACGAUUUAUUUGGAGGGUGCGGCGGUUACAAAAGAGGAUGUCAAAGACAUUGAAUGGCUUUUCGUUGUCAUCUUGAAAAGGCUAAUUGAAGGCAAGGAUAAUGUGGAUGAGUUGUUGGUCAAGGUUUAAUAAUGCAAGGCUAUCGUAAGCGGGGAUGGAUAAGAAUAGAUUCAAUAAAUAGUAUAAUAUGAUGGCGGCAUACGAUGGUAAUGUAUGUAUCUGUUUUAGAAUAUCUUUUUCCCCUGUCAGACGGAGCUGUGUCCUUUGGGACGAGCUAACAGAGAUCUACAGAACUACAGGGGGAAGAUCUGGGAGAACUAAGGCGAUGGAUACGCCCAUAACAACGUGAGAAGGGAGGGCGGAACAUUGUAUAUAUCCACAGCAAUGCAGUGCCAUCAGC